CCCUUUUACUAGUAUAAUACUGUCCGCAAGCUACAACACCAGUUAACAAAACAGAACAGAACUCAUCUGCAAUCCAGUCCUUUCCUUUCACUUCCGACAAGAGGUGAAAUUACGACCGCCGCCUCCACCACCGCCACCGCCGCCAGCAGAUGGCCAACAUAGACAUAGAGGGUAUUCUGAGAGAGCUUCCGGAAGAUGGACUACGUGUCCCUCGGACAAAGAUUGUCUGCACUCUCGGACCGGCUUCUCGAUCUGUUUUUAUGCUGGAGAAACUUCUUAGAGCUGGUAUGAACGUUGCUCGCUUCAAUUUUUCCCAUGGUACCCACGAGUAUCAGCAAGAGACUUUGAAUAAUCUCAGGGAGGCUAUGCAUAACACUCAGAUCCUUUGUGCUGUCAUGCUUGAUACUAAGGGACCUGAGAUUCGGACUGGUUUCUUAAAGGAUGGGAAGCCAAUUCAACUAAAGGAAGGCCAGGAAAUCACUGUGACUACUGAUUAUGACAUCAAGGGGGACACCGAGACGAUCUCCAUGAGCUACAAAAAACUGCCAGUUGACGUGAAACCUGGAAAUACCAUCUUGUGUGCUGAUGGUACCAUCACCCUGUCUGUUUUGUCUUGUGAUACAGAGGCUGGAACAGUGCGAUGCCGCUGUGAGAACACUGCCAUGCUAGGUGAGAGGAAAAAUGUUAAUCUUCCUGGUGUCGUGGUGGAUCUCCCCACUCUGACAGAUAAGGAUAAAGAAGACAUUUUGGAAUGGGGUGUUCCCAACAAGAUUGAUAUAAUUGCUCUUUCAUUUGUACGCAAGGGCUCAGAUCUUGUUCAUGUACGUAAAGUCCUCGGGCCACAUGCCAAGAGUAUUCAGUUAAUGUCAAAGGUUGAGAAUCAGGAAGGAGUGAUCAACUUUGACGAUAUCUUGAGGGAGACCGAUUCAUUCAUGGUUGCCCGUGGUGAUCUUGGAAUGGAAAUUCCCGUCGAGAAGAUUUUCCUGGCACAGAAGAUGAUGAUAUACAAGUGCAAUCUUGCGGGCAAGCCAGUAGUCACUGCCACUCAAAUGCUUGAAUCAAUGAUCAAGUCUCCCCGGCCAACUCGUGCUGAAGCCACUGAUGUUGCCAAUGCUGUUCUUGACGGCACUGAUUGUGUUAUGCUUAGUGGCGAGAGUGCAGCUGGGGCUUACCCAGAGAUUGCUGUAAAGAUUAUGCGUCGAAUUUGUAUUGAAGCAGAAUCAUCCCUUGACUAUGGAACAAUCUUCAAGGAGAUGAUAAGAUCAACUCCGCUUCCCAUGAGCCCAUUGGAGAGUCUCGCAUCAUCAGCUGUACGGACCGCUAACAAAGCUAGAGCAAAGCUCAUUGUUGUAUUGACACGUGGUGGGACAACAGCAAAGUUGGUAGCCAAGUACAGGCCAGCAGUUCCAAUUCUGUCUGUAGUCGUCCCAGUGCUGACGACUGAUUCUUUUGACUGGUCGUGCAGUGACGAGACCCCUGCCAGGCACAGUCUGAUUUACAGGGGGCUGAUUCCAUUACUUGGGGAAGGAUCUGCAAAGGCUACUGAUGCAGAAUCUACUGAGGUUAUUCUGGAAGCUUCUCUAAAGUCGGCAACGAAAAAGGGGUUGUGCAAGGUUGGUGAUGCGGUGGUAGCUCUUCAUCGGAUUGGAGCUGCCUCUGUUAUUAAGAUAUGCAUUGUGAAAUGAUAUAUAAAAGGGGCUAGAGAAGAAAAUGGAAGUGAUUUUCCUAUUUGGAGUUGUAUAAUGGUCGGUCGGAGAAUUUAGUUACAAUUAUGUAUGGUUUUAAUGAGUAAUGUUAUGUUGUAUGGGACUAAAUGUAUUGUCCAGGGAUUCUGGAUUUGUAUCUGAUCCUAGGAGACAGACUUGCGUUCUGUGAAAUCCUAACUUCAUAAUAAAAUGAGUGAAAUUCAAAUUACAAGAA